CUUCAGGGCUGGGGAGUUGUGUUCCCUUCUCACAGCCCAGAAAUAGACAGGAGGAGACACUGAGGCGGAGGGAGGGAGAGGGACCGAGACAGACACCGACCGAGGGGUGGAAGGGGGAAGGCUCAGCUGGGACCCUGGCAUCCUGCCUUCCAGCCUCCUCUUCUCCUUUCCCCUUGGGACCCUCCAAGGCUCCCGCCCCCGCAGCCUUUCCCAGCCCCUCCCCUCAGACACACAUCGCCUCCCUCCCUCCCUCCUCUCCUCUCUCUUCUCUUUCUCUUUUCCUCUCUUCUCUCUCUCCUCCGAGGGACGGCAAGACAGAAAAUAGAAAUCUUCCACUGUCUCUCAGUCUCUUUCAUUUUCCCUUUCCUUUUCCAUGGCUCUGGGUCUCUCUGUUUUUCCGUGUCUGUCUCUCUCUCUCUCUCUCUCUUCUCCCCUCCUCUCUCCCUUCCCUUCUCAUAUCUGUCCCUUCCUUUCCCCCUCUCCGGCUCUCCCUCUUUCCCUCAGACUCUGCUUCUCACGGUCUAUCUCUGGUCCCUUUCUUCUGCCAGACAGGUUUCUCCCCUUGCAAAGGCCUGACUCUGGGAGAGCCCCUGACUGGGGGGGCGAGUGGGGGGGUCCCCAAACCUGUGGGUGUUGCUAACCGUCCCUGCACUCCCCCUGCCAGUGGCCUCUCUCCUUUCUGCACCCCCAGGACGGUGCUUUGAGAUCUGCCAGUCAUGCCUGAGGGAGCCCACCGCCUGAGUCUCACCAAGCCCAGCCCGACCCCAAGCCCCGGGUGUAGCCAUCGAGGACUCCCCCCGGCCCUGCCCAUGGCCUCCCCCCGAGGAUCUGGGAGCUCUACAUCCCUGAGUACGGUGGGCUCUGAGGGGGAGCCUCAUGCAGGCCCCAGCCCAGGCCCCAGCUCCAGCCAGGCCUGUCCUGUGCCAGCCUUGGAGCCCCCACCAGGCCCGCCCAUUCAGCUGCACCUGACUCCGGUGGGGCCUCGAGGGGAGCCAGGGCAAGGGACCAAGAAGCCCUCCCACCUGGAGCGUGUGGUCCGGGAAAUCGUGGAGACCGAGCGGGCUUACGUGAGGGACCUGAGGAGCAUCGUGGAGGAUUACCUGGGCUGUCUGGUGGCCAAUGGCCCCCCCGGGCUGAAUCCAGAACAUCUCGGGACCCUCUUCUCCAACAUCGAAGAUAUCUACGAGUUUAGCAGUGAACUCUUGGAAGACCUGGAGAACAGUAGCAGCGCCCACGGCAUCGCAGACUGCUUUGUGCAGAGGAGCGAAGAGUUUGACAUCUACACCCUCUACUGUAUGAACUACCCGAGCUCGAUGGCCUUACUCCGGGACCUGUCCCUCUGCCCUCCGGUGGCCCAGUGGCUCCAGGAACGCCAGGCCCAGCUCCGCCAUUCGCUGCCCCUGCAGAGCUUCCUCCUCAAACCCGUCCAGAGAAUCCUGAAGUAUCACCUCCUACUGCAGGAGCUGGGCAAGCACUGGCCGGAGGGAGCCGGGGCCGAGCAAGGGCCUGGGGGCCGAGAGGUGGUGGAAGACGCCAUCGUGUCCAUGACAGCUGUGGCUUGGUACAUCAAUGACAUGAAGAGGAAGCAGGAGCACGCAGCUCGUCUGCAGGAAGUGCAGCGGCGGUUGGGAGGCUGGGGGGGCCCGGAGCUGAGCGCCUUUGGGGAGCUGGUCCUGGAGGGCGUGUUCCGAGGCGGGGGCGGCCCUCGGCUUCGAGGGGGCCAGCGCCUCCUCUUCCUCUUCUCCCGAAUGCUCCUGGUGGCCAAAAGACGAGGGCCCGGCUACAAUUACAAGGGGCACAUCUUUUGCUGUAACCUGUCGGUGAGCGAGAGUCCCAAAGAUCCUCUGAGCUUCAAGGUGGCGGAUGUGACCAUCCCAAAGCACCAGCACCUGCUGCAGGCCAAGAACCAUGAGGAGAAACGCCUGUGGCUCCAUUACCUGCAGCGCUUAAUAGUGGAAAACCACCCAGCGUCCAUCCCCGCUAAGGCAAAGCAAGUCCUCUUGGAAAACACUUUCCACUGUGCCCCUGAAGGCCAGCCCAGCUGUGAGCCUCUGACACCCCCACUCGGAUCCCCCCGCCUCCCCGAGGGCCGAAACUUCAGCGGACGAAGGAAGACAGACCCCUCCCCGUCUCUGACCAGCCCCGCGGGGGCCUCCCCGGGCCGCCGAGGCCGGAGGCAGUCCGAGCCAGCAAAGGAGUGUCACCUCAUGUUUGCGAAGAUCGCUGGAUCCAGGCUCAAGCACGCCGGCAGCGAGGGGGAGCUGUUCCCGAUGUCGCAGUCCCUCUGCAAGGCCCCGGAGCCGGCCCCGGCCUCAGGAGCCCCCGAAGACGUGGAGGAGCCGGCUCCCCCUACCCUGGGCCCCCCGGGGCUCUCGAUCACCGAGGAGAUCAUGGAGCUGCUGACCCAGAGAGGUCUCCAGGAACCCGGGCUUUCCCCGCUGGAAGUUCCUGAAGCCCCCAGAUUCCAGGGGGAGCCCUCGUCUCCAAAUCAUCGUGGGAACGUUGGCCCUGAGAGCCCGGCCCGGUUAAGUGGCGAGUCCUCUGAAGAAGAGGAGGGGACACGGCCGAAAGACCAGCGGUCGUCCCCCCUCCACGUCCUCGAGAGGCCGGACGACACGGACGUUUGCGGCAGCUCCGAAAUCCCCGGAACUGCGGCAGUUUCUGACGCUCCCCCAAUGCCCAGCUGUGAGCCCGGUCCCAGGACCCCCGAGCCCCCCUCGGGACAAGGGGAGCCUUGCUCCGAGGCCUCGGCUCAGGAGGGGGAUUCGGAGGCUGCUCCGUCAGCGACGCCAGCCCCGUCGGAAAAGGCGGACGAUGGAGCCCAGUCCAGACAGGAGAGCCAGUCGUCUUGGACGGAGGAGGAGGAAGAGGAGGAGGAGGAGGAGGAGGAGGAGGAGGAGGAGGCGAAGAAGGGCGGCCGUCUCCCAGCUCUCCCACCAAGCCUGAGAGUUUAGAGACUGCCGAGUUCCACUCCUGCUCGGAGAUCCGGAGAGCCUGGCAGGCCCUGGAGGCGAGGGGCUCCCAGGGCGCCAUGCUGGAGCCC